AUGGGCCACCAAGAUGGAAUUGAGGCCACCGUCGUCUUAGAUGGCGAGGACAGCCAGACGACGUUGACUCUGCUGGCUGCUGUGAGAAAGUUUCCGCGGAUUGUCGCGUACAUCUUCGCUGUGUGUCCUGCGAUUCUGUUGUUCGGGUUCGACAUGGUUAUUGUUAGCACGCUGACUGCCAUGCCGGGGUUCCAAGAAGACUACGGCGUGAAAUACGGCGACAAAUACAUUCUACCCUCGUCGUGGCUAGGCGUGUGGACAGCGGCGCCCAGCAUCGGCAACGUCCUCGGCGCGGGCGUCGCAGGUUGGGUAUACGACAAUUGGGGACGGCGAUUCUCGCUGCAUCUAGGCUCGUUCGAGUCCGCGCUGGGCAUCGCCGCUUGCUUCUGCUCGGCCUUUUCACCCGACCCCGACACAAGGCGCGGGAUCUUCCUGCUCGGAAAAUUGAUCGAGGGCGUUGCGGCGGGGCAGGUGAUCUGCACGGCGCAGACGUAUUCGUCGGAGAUCGCCCCGCUCAGUCUGCGGGGUUCGACACAGGCGCUGAUUCCUGUUAUGACAAUGUUGGGUCAGUUGAUCGGGGGUCUUGUGGUUUUUGGGUGUUUGUCGGUACCCGGACGAUGGGGGUAUCUGAUUGCGCUGGCGUCGCAGUGGGCGCUGUCGCUGCUGCUGGUCAUCACCGCGGUGUUCAUCCCCGAGAGUCCGCCGUACUUGCUGCGCAAGGGGAAAAUCGACGCCGCGCGCCGGUCGCAGCGACGACUGCAUGAGAAGAGCGUGGAUACUGACGCGCAGGUCGACAAACUCUUGCUGCUGCUGGAGCAGGAGCGGCAGAACAGCCACGCGACGGCUGGAUCAAGCAUCACCUUCGCCGAUUGCUUCAAAGGCACUGAUUUGCGACGUACGGUCAUCGUCAUGAUCGCGCACCUCAUGCCGCAGUUUUUCGGGCUGGGGCUGAUGUCCAACGCGAGCUACUUCGCCCAGACGAUUGGUAUGAAGCCGAAUCUCAGCGUGCUGAUCCUGAUGGCGGGGAUUGCGGUCGGGUUGAUUGCCAAUAUCAUCUCUGUUUGGACCAUGUCCGUGGCGCGACGUCGACCGCUCAUGCUGGUCACUCUGGGGAUCUGUUUUGUGCUGUGGACGCUGAUUGGGAUCUCGGGGUGGUUCCCAACCUUGAGCUCGACGAUUUGGGUCACUGCAGCCUGCAUGAUCUGCAUCAUCUUCGUCGCCGGCAACGGCAUCUGGCCAGCCUCAGUCCUCGCCGCAGGGGAGACGUCCUCCCUGCGACUGCGGGGUCCGACGCAGGCACUGGGCUGGAUCAUACACAGCAUUACGGCGUGUGUGUUUGCCGUCAUCCUCCCGUACAUCUACAACACCGAUGAGGGCAAUAUCGGCGUCAAGACGGGGUUUGUGUAUACCGCGUUGUGUUUGAUCAGCUUGGCACUCGUCUGGCUGUACAUUCCCGAGAUGCGUGGACGGUCUGCGGCAGAGUUGGAUAUGAUGUUCGCGCUAAGACUGCCUACAAGGGCGUUCCGGCAUUGGACGCCGGAACAGGGGAAAGUGGGUGCUUAG